AUCGUCUAGACAAGUUGCUUGCGUGAUUUCGUCGUGUUGACAGUGCUUAAACAAUCUAAAACUUUGUUCCGUCACGUGGCACAAUGUCGCUUCCUCUCUUGAUCACGACUGCUCAGCGGCUAGAAGAAGAGAAUGCUCCUCUCGCAGCUCUCAGCCGCCUUCUACCCUUGUGGCAGUUAGUGAAAGAAGAAGGCCAACAACGGUCGUGUGAGGUGCGCCGCAGCAAGUCCGGGCAGCUGCGCGACAAGAUCUGCUUGUUCCAGACACGAAGACCACCGGCCUCAUCUGGUCGUGUCCUCAUUCGAAACACGAGAAAUCAGGGCUGGUUUGUGCAGCCAUGCCCGCGGACACGGAACACACCCGAGCGCUGCUCUCUUCGGCGCCCAGCCUGGAGAAAGGCAGCACCGCGCUGCAUGCGGCGGCGAUCAGCGGAGACCUCGCGUUGAUGGAGUCGCUUCUGCGGCGGCACGCGGAUCUGCUGGACAGCCCGAACUCGAGCGGCCUUACCCCGCUUUCCGUCGCGGUUUCCAGUGGGAACCUGGAGAUGGUCGAACUUCUUCUGACAAACGGCGCGAAGCUCGGGGUACAAACUUCUUUCGGGAUGAGCAUUCUGGAGGUGGCGGCGCAAAAGGCACCCGAAAUCGAAAUGUUUCUCCGGAAGACUGCCGAAGCGAGGAAAACGGAACUAGCACAGAAGUUGGCAGAAGCACAGGAACUCUACUACAGGAUCGACGCGGAGCUGCAGGACUUGCACAAGCUGACGGACUCCAGUCCACCGACGGCAGUAGGAGCAGUUGUAAACCAUUCAAUAUCUCCACAGGAGGAGCAAGAGCAACCGGCAAACGACGAGCAGGAAGUAGAUGAGGAUGCAAGUGCAGAGCAAGGCGGAUCCGAUGCAGCUGGAGCGAAGGAGACCGUGCCGGGAGAGGAUGUCGUUCGUGCAACCUCCGCGAACAAGCCGGCAGAGCCUGCUACAGCACCGGCACCAGCAGCCGAAAAGUCUCUUCCUAUCGGGCCUAAGGACCACUACUACGUCCGCUAUGCAAAUGAGAUUCAAUCCUGCAUCACCGCGCUGGCCGACGCUAGGCAGUACUGGAGCCCGGUGUUUGUCGGAAAUUUCUUCGGCUCAGCCUUCGCGCAAGAAGUAAAACCAUCUAAGCUAUCAUCAAGAGAUUCAUCCUCAGCUCCCAACAGUACCAAAAAAGCAAAGCGCAAGUUCAACGAAAUACGUGUGGCCGAGGCGGACUUGAGUUUGCAAUCCGCCGUACACCGGCUGAUGACCAUGGCGGCAGAUCGCAAAGCGCAUUUAGACCACACGCAGGCCUUGGAACUCCCCUUGAAAGAGGUAGACGUGUACACGAAGACGGGCGUAGCGGUCGAGUCUGGCUCCUCCGAAGAAGAGAAUAUUGCGACCGACGUGAUGGCGCGCGUCAUGGCAAAGGAAAUACCGGUGGUGAAGGUACGACACGGAAAUUUUUUUUCUAUGGCGUCCGCAACCAUGUUUGUUCUUGUUGUAUGGAACACUCUAGGUUACUCUUUUGUGCGAAGGCUAUGUUUUUGUUGUGUCUGUAGUUGUACUUGUACAUCUUCUUAUAUUUUAGGAAUCGAAAUUUCGUCGACUUCCAAACUACUACGUUGAAGACGCAAUAUCACAGGAUGACCCCUAUCAAGUUAGCGCCGAUGGGCACUUGCUAAGUGCCGGGAAGGAGAUCAACUACUGGGAAAGUUUGGUGUUUCCGGACCAGAAAAAAUACACGGAGCCCAGCGAGUCUGACACCGACCGAACUGUCAGAGGGUAUGAAGUUUUAGUAAUUUUUGCUGUCAGAGGCAGCGGUUGCGGUAGAAGGACGAGGAUCUUUUUCAUAAUUCUCGGUGCUUCGAAUGAAGACCCUCGAUCUUGCAUCUAGGGUGCAAUAUUUGUACUAUAAUUUCAGCAUGACCUUUCUUGAUGACGAUGAGAUGAUCCUCUGAGGGUAAUCAAUAUCAACUGUACAACGAAAUUUAUUCAAGGGACUGGUUCGGGAACCCGAUGGCUGUAGUGAAGGACAUCUUUGUCGUUGGCCGGCGCUUCAUCACUUCGGAGGUAUUCACGACGAGCGUGAAGCUUCUGAAAAAAGAAAAAGCAGUUCCGCCCGGCACGGUGCUGGGAUUCCUGUCCGGAGAGUAUUGCAGGUAAAGGCGGAGGAAGUAGUGUGAUUUUAGUGCAUUCAUGUUUUAGCAACAUGCAGGGAGUUCAUCUUCAGCAGGUCGUGUCUUUUUUGCAUGAAGAUUUUUCAGCAGCUGCAGCUGCAGUUUGGUUUGAUACCGAAUGCUGAAACGCAAAGAAAUCUUAUUAUCAGGAAACAAGUGUACGACGCACAGAACGCGAGCGAGAGCGGGUACUUUUUCGCUCCUGGUACUUACGCGGUACAGAAGCUGUGCGCCGAUCGCAGUGUUGCUGCGGAGCGACUCUUUUUACUGCUGGACUCGCCGGAAGUGAAUCCGCUGAAUGCAAUCGGUGACGUCACUGGCGACCCGUUUCGAUUGCUCGAGAGGCAGCCAGACAGUACUAGCUUAUUUAUUGUCACACUUAUUUUGUUUUGUUGUUGUUAGGAAUUCUGAACACAUUCACAGCAUACGAAUAGCGGCCGAGUUCGCAUCUUUCUGUUUGGAAUGAUUCAGAACGGAGUACUGAUUCACAUCUGUAUACAGGUGGUGUUUCAAGAUGGAUUGAUUCGUUUGGUUUGGUCAACCAGACCACAAAGACGACGAGACGACUAAGCUAAACGGUUAGGAUCGUUACUGUGCUGAAGAUCAAGAUCGAUGGAACCACGCAGGGGAGCUUGAACACGCAUUGCAUGCUGUGUGCAUAAAGCUCUAGUCAACAUUCCCCCCCCCAAGCGCAAGCCGUUUCUCGAAAAUCGCAGCAAGUAAAAGCUGUUCGACAAAAUCACCACCAGAAGCUUGCAAUGAAAAAGCAAAGCAGAAUGGUGGAUCACAAGUUUUUCUUUCAAAAGCGAUCAGGAUGGCUACGGCAUGAAAAAGCGCAAGGGGCUCCGGCGUAUACAAGUUCCUUUCUAAGCCCAAAGGUCUUCAAGUGAAAAGAAGAGACCGGGCACGCCUACCACAGUGAAACAAGCGUCGACCUCCUCAGGGUCUUCGGACACUUUCACUUUCCUCUUGUUCGUCAUGUGCGGAUUGUGGUGGAAGACGUGAUCUCGAACCUCACGAGGCACAUUGUUCUUUGUGAGGCAAUCAGCUUUCAUGUGCUCAGUGGGACAGAACUUAAUCUUUUCGCAUUCAUCCGCAACUUUGUGGUAGCGCAGGGCAACGUGGCGGCUACGCGGGCGCUGUGCAUCGCCUGGCGUCUUGGCGACCGUGAUGGCGGUCUGAUUGUCCAUCCAAAGGUCUUCGCUAGCAUCGCGAUCUUCAAGAAAACCCUUGAAGGUGCAUGUCUCGGACAUGAUCAGUCCAUCAGAGCCAGCUACAAACUCUGCUUCGAAUGUGGAAUGCGUUCUGACCGAUUGGCGCGCGGUCUUCCACACGAUGGGGGCGCCUCUGUAGUACAGCAGAGCGCCAGACGUGCUUUUCAACGUUACAAAACAAGAUGCAAAACUUGCGUCGGUGAAGAGAUUCCAGUCUUUCAACUUUUCUCCCUUUUGCAGAAGUGAUCCGUAUACCUGCUUGAACUUUUGUUCGUUCUCGGGUGAGUAGUCGAUGCCUACGUCUUCGGUGUGAAUGACAUAGCGCAAAACUUUCUUUACGCAUGCGACUACUGCUUUGGUGCAGGGCUUGCUUGCUACCUUUGCGAGGCAGUUAACGGGCUGCGCGAUGUCGGGCCUACAAAUCGUUACGCACCAUUGCAGGGCACCUACAGCUUCCCGCAACGGGAAUUUCACUUCGGGCGAGGCGGUAUCGUACAGAGCUGAUUCGGUGAAGCAUGGAUUGUCAACUUUCUUACAACCAACCAUGCCAAACUUCGGAGCUAGUUUUGUUCGGAUGUAACUCUGCAUGCAAAUGCGUACUUUGUACUUGUUCGGGUUGUAGUGGACGUCUGCACCGAGCUGAUCAUACAAAAGAUCACCAUUUGGCUGGUGUUCGGGCUCAAUGAUCUUGCCAGGAAACUCUUUCAAAAUCAAACUGACUUCAUGCCUAAGCUCGUGCUCGUCCGGGCCUGUUGCGGUGUUGUCAUCUACAUAAACUCCCAUCUUCAUAUACUUACUGAACUUCUUGUAACUCUGGAAGUUGUUGCCUGUGGCCUUGGAGAGCUUUCUCCACAACCCUUUUUCUGUUGACUGUGUCCAACCGAGACUGACUAACUUCUUUUCGUAGUGCUUUGCCCACAGCCUCGGGGAUUGUGGUAACCCAUAAAGGGCACGAACUAGCUUCCGAAUACCAUCGUCGUUUUGCUCACGCCAUUCCUUUGGCAGACGAAUGAAAAUUUCCGAAUCGAUCAAGCUCUGUACGAAUGCGUUGUCAAUGUCAAACAAAAUUAUGGCAUCACCAUGCGCGGCGGCAUCGAUCAGCAGGUAGCGCGAGGCUCCAAAGCUGAUUACGGGCGCGUAAACUUCUAACUCACCGCCGGGCUUGUAGAGAUUACCUAGGACGACAGCACGGCACUUGAACUUGCCACAGCGCUUGCGGCUAAGCACCAAUGCUAUCGGGACCACGCCUGUGGUCUUAGCGCGUUCUAACUCUUCUGGAGUAGGCACUCUCCACGUCUGAAACGCCUCAAGCUUGCACUUCUCGAGGGAUUUGGCUUCUAACCAGUGCGGCGCAUCUGGCGAGCUCAUCGCGGCAACGUUCGCGAACUGUGGAAGUGCUUCGACUAACUCUUCACCCUCUUCGAAAUCGUCUACGACGCUGUCACAUACAUAACAAUCAUUGAUCACUUCUGCAAAGUCGGCAUAAAACGCAUCUGAGUUCUCGGCUUCGGACAAUUGCUGCUUUGUUCUUCGCGUGCGUUGCGUUUUGUCCUUUGCCCCUUUGGGCCUACCGCGCGGGCGCUUGGUCUUUUCGCGACCAAAGACCACUUCAGGGUCUGGCUCAUGGUGUUCAACCGUGUUCCGGGCGGGCGCGCGCGAUGAAACUGAAUCAGGUGCGGAAUGCGGAUUUUGUACUUGCGAAUUGUCACCACUGGCAUGCUGAUUUGACUGAAGAUUGAUGUCUUUGAACGAGGCAGAGGAUGCGUUAUGAGCGUGUUCUUGUGAAGCUGCUUUCUCGACUUCUAAAAGUGGCAGGGAGUUGGACCCGCCAACCCCCCCAGAACCUGAGACCUCUGAACCACCCGGAUUUUUGCGCACAGGAGCACAAUCCCGAUCAGAACCAACCACCCGGGCAUUGUCCUUCGAGCCACAGAUAGUCUGCAGGAGCUGGUCGUCUGAAACUACGACGCCACCGCGGUACCCUGGGCGUAGAGAGUCAACAUUGUCGAUCAAAACUGACUCGACAAACUUCACGGCGUUUGUUUCGUAAACUGCCCAGCGCAAAGCGCCGGCCUUGGAGUAUCGAUCAUCCUUAACGUAAGUUCCAACUAGAUAGCACGAGGACUGAUCGCAAUACCCAAGAAAGACUCCUUUCGUGUACUUCUCUACAAGUUUCUUGACCCCUUCUACUGGCUGUCUCAGGAAAUAAGCGAGGCAACCGAAGCGACGCAUCCUGGAGUCAAAAUUCGAAGUCUUCAAUAUCUCAUCGGGCUCUUGGGGUUCUGUGCGAGAAACUUUCCGGUCAUUUUGCAGUGACUUCCUCUGUCGACAAGCUUCCAAAGGUGAGAGACCAUUGAACUGAGGGGCGCGCUUGUAGAAUUUCCGCUGUAAGCGAUUCCACGUGUAUACAAAGUAAGAAGCGGCAUAAUCCCAAAGUCUCAAGUCGACACCCACUAGAUUAGCCCUUAAACCGGGACCCAGAGUACCCAUGAAGCGUUCGCACACACCAUUUUUCUGUGGUACGUAUGGGACUGAGUGCUGCCGAAAAACGGAGAGCGCUUGGAGCGUAUCCUCCCACUUCUUUGCUCUGAACGUGGGGUCGUUGUCACUGCGGACAAACCAUACGACCUUAUCUGUCAAGUCGAUGCUGUCCGAUGCGCGAAGUUGCUUGAUUAGCCGUUCUACGACUGCGUAGGCCUGAUCUUUGUGCUUCAACUUGAACUCAAACACACGCGCAACAGCAGGGCAAAUGAAAAUCAAUAGCCAUGAAUUGCCUGUCAAGCUGACGGGUUUGACUGGACCCCAAAAGUCAGCAUCAAGUUGCUUUAGCGGUGUUGGAUCAGAGUACUUCUGUGGUCGUUCUUUCCUAGCACCUGACCUGCCACCCUUUGCGAGGGCGCAUUCAGGGCAAAACACCUCUUCACCUGGGACAUGGAUGUGGCCACGUCUUCGGUGUCGGUCUAACUUGGACAAGUAGCAUAAAUGCUCAAAAUCCUCUACGCAGUCGGCCAAGGCAUCUCCAGUGAAAAUAGAAGCAGACUCAUCGAGCUGUCCUACGCGGCGCUUUUUGCAGCAGUUGGAUAAGCAAUCAGGUGUGAAAAGAUUGCAACCAAAACGCGACGCAGACAAAGCGUCUUCCUCUGACAAAACCUCUUCAAAUUCUCUGCAGUAUAAAGCCACACCCGUGCCGAAAAGCUCACCAUCAGGCAAAAAUGGUAAGUCAGGCGGGUUAUUUUCUAAUGGCACUGCGAAAUCUGCGAAUCUUGAAACUAUCUCAGACUUGGCUACUGCUUUUGGUUCUAGCUUUACUGACCAACCCAUUGCGUUCAGGGUGGUUGUAGGUAAAAGGCGGCGCACGGGCAAAGCGCUGUGAAAAAUACCUACUGAGUAACCAAGUCGAUUCGUCUUCAGCCUACCUAUCCUUGGAGGAUUUUUCGCUUGCAAAGUGCCUCCGACUCCAUUGAUUUUCACAGGAUUGGAGCGAAAGGACACAAAAUCGCUAAGCACACUCGACACGUAAUGAGUAGUGCCACUGUCGAGGAUAUCCCUGUUUGUCCUCUGUUUUCUUUCCUCUGCCGAACCUUCAUCCAAAAUGGAUUUGUUGAUCUUGCACUCUAUAAUCGGCAUUGAUUGAUCGAUCUUGCACAGUAACGAUUUUUGAUUGUAACUAGUAGCAUCGUGACUUGUGUAAAAGCACGAAUAGUAGUUGUCGUCGUCAUCAAAUGCAUCGCUCUUUUCAUCAGUGUUCUUCGACACAUCAACGAAAUUUGAUUCCAACUCAACAUCGAUUUUUACAUCGUGUUUUGAAUCCAUCAGCCUCGAUGUAUCAUCGACAUCAUCAGCAGAAUCGUGGUCCUUAUGUCACCACUUGCGACCCUUCUGGUGAGACUUGUAGCCACCUUUCUUCACGCCGUGUUUGCCACCGCCCUUGCCACCACCACCGCCCUUCUUGUGGUUGUUGCCGUAGUUGUUCGCGGGUGGUGGGGCAGUGUUCUUCUCCUGCUGGCGUUUCUUGCGAUAGCAGUAAUGAACGUCAUGUCCUGGACGUUGGCAAUACGUACACCAGAGGCCUCCUUGAUUCUGCGCGUUGUUACCAUAGGGCUGAUUUCGAUUCGCAUAGGUAUUGGAAUUGUAGUUUUUGUUGUUGUGUUUUCCCUGUCCUUUGUGACCCUUAUUCAUCAUAACUAAGGCGGUUUGGUUAUUGAUGGACUGACACAUCAAUUGCUGCUCGAAGGUCGCGCCUUCCGGUGCGACGAUGAAGUUGGAAUUUUUGUUACCAGAAGAUGAAGAUGAUGAUGAUGCACCAGCAAGGAACGCAUUGGGGUUUGCGUUUGCGGGGGCGACGUUCGUUCGUGCUAAAUGCAAAGUCGCUUGCUGUUCCUUUUCAAUAUUCAUUCUGCCUGAUUUGAUGAAGUCCAUCACCAUUGCCAGUCCUUCUUUCUCCCAAGUAGCUGUAGUACUGUUCAAAUUUCUGAUCUCCGCCAUGAUUGUUUUCAUGCAAGUCGGGUCAAGUCGGAAUUUGAGGACGUCCCACAUCUGGCGAUUGAUCGCAGCCGCAUCUGGGUAUCUGUCUUUCAGAAGGAGGAUUUUGCUGUACUUUUCUGCGUAGAUCCAAAUAGAAAAAUCUCCAUCCUUCUCCAUGUCGUAGCAGACAGUAAUCAAUUCGUUGUUGGUUGUGUCACUGUCAAUUGAAGAUGCUUUCUGAUCCCAGUGCGAUGACAGAAGGAAGUAACAUUUUACAAAACCCACUGUCUGGCUGUUCGUGAUCAAUUUUGCUGCGUCGUCUUGCAAUGCAUUCAAAAAUGUGGACUCGAGGGAAAACACAUCUUGCUUUUGCUGUGCUGUCAACCCAGGCUGAACAUUUUGAAAGUUCGUCUGCUGGGUGUUGUCGUUCAAAAUUGCCUGCCAUUGUGCGUCCAAUUCCAAUACCAUGCUCAUCAUCGAUUUGAUUUUAUGCUUCCACAUCGUCCAGCCCUCGGAGUUCUUUAUCUCCGGGCAGAUGAUCUUCCGAUCUACCGUCGGCAUACCGUCGGGAUUCGUAAAUCAAUCUAUUCCAAAGAGAGAUUUUUGCGUGUAGAUACCGAUGGUGUUCCGACGGAAAAAUUUGGACUUGUGGAUGGCGAAGUUGUUCGUUGGCUCGCGAUUACCGGUCUCACCGGUGGCACCAAGUGUGAAUCAGAAUGUUAGGAAUUCUGAACACAUUCACAGCAUACGAAUAGCGGUCGAGUUCGCAUCUUUCUGUUUGGAAUGAUUCAGAACGGAGUACUGAUUCGCAUCUGUAUACAGGUGGUGUUUCAAGAUGGAUUGAUUCGUUUGGUUUGGUCAACCAGACCACAAAGACGACGAGACGACUAAGCUAAACGGUUAGGAUCGUUACUGUGCUGAAGAUCAAGAUCGAUGGAACCACGCAGGGGAGCUUGAACACGCAUUGCAUGCUGUGUGCAUAAAGCUCUAGUCAACAGUUGUCCUUGUCGCUGAUCAUCAUGUGCUUUCAACGUUAGAUAACGAACGUCCAGUGUUACCAUUGUGCGCGAGAACCAGCAAAUAUGUUCCUACUUGCGCUGUGAGGAUUAUCGAAGCUUGAUUGAUAGUUUGUUUCCCGCGCCAGACGCUAGUACAAAAGUGGGUCAACCAUCAAGAUGAACAAAUCCACAGCGGUGACGGACAGCACGCAGAGUCCGAAAAGCCGGGCGCGGACAGUUUUGGCGCAGAUGGAACAGGAAGAAAAGCUAAUGAAACCAGGGGGCAGGCCCAACGUCGAGAUCGUUGAGGUGCUCGUGCGGGGCGUACCAGUUCCGUUCGUCAGGGCCUUGUCACAGAUCAGGCCAGACGAGGAGCUAGUGCUGGAUCGCACCACCAUAUUCAAGAAAAAGACUGUGUAAGUGUAAGCCUGUGAUGCAGAAAAUGCCAGACCACAGUUUUUUUACAUUGGUCAUGCCAGACACCCAACAAGUCCGCUUUUCCUGUGCGUUUUCACGUACUGGCCCUGCGUGACUGGUUUUCUCGGUCAUGAUGUACUAGCGCAGUUUUUUUCUUGGAUACGCUAUGUGGCUGGGCUAUGCCGCCAGCUUGAGGCGGAUGCGGUUACUGAGAAGCACUGUCAGCGCAUUUGUCACACGCGUUGGCGACUAAGUUUCACAGGCAGCAGCUGACGUUAUCUCGAUUUAAAAGAUGCUCCUCUAAGUCAUCUUGUAGUUGUUGCACGUGCGAACGCGAGGAAGUGACAAAAUGUCUCCGAUGCAGCUACAAAAGGCGCUUUGGUACACUAAGUCCAUCACUACAGGCUUUCAAUAU